AUGCCAUCUACAUUUCUUAACCUUACAAUCUCCUUUAUCUUAUCACUCCUAGGCACACUAAUAUUCCGGUCCCACCUUAUAUCUACCCUUCUAUGCCUAGAAGGUAUAAUACUGUCUUUAUUUAUUAUAAUCUCAAUAAUAACCCUAAACUCCCACUCCAUAGUCUCUAUACCCAUCCCCAUCACAAUUAUAGUAUUCGCGGCAUGCGAAGCAGCAGUAGGAUUAGCCCUACUAGUCAAAGUCUCAAACACAUACGGAACUGACUAUGUCCAAAAUCUAAACCUCCUCCAAUGCUAA